AGAGUUCCAAAGGGAACUCACUCAUAAAAAAGAAUAGCACACUCAUAAAACCCCUAAUUUAACCAAAUUAGUAGGAGACAGAAUGGCAGAGGCUGCUACUGAAAUUGCCAAGAAAAUGGAGGAAAAGGUGGAGAGGCCAGUGACCGUGGCACCAACUAAAACCGUGGAGGCUGGAAGGGCUGCAGAAGCAGACACCGCAGUAACAGUGGCACCUCCUGAAAAGGUUGAGACUACAAACAAACCGAAGGAAGAGGAGGUGAAGACGACAGAGACAUCUAGCUUGUUGGGGAAGCUUGAGGCACACGUGGAGAUUAAAUCUUCCGCGGAGCAGUUCCAUCACAUGUUCGCCGGGAGACCACACCAUGUGUCCAAAGCAUCUCCGGGCAACGUUCAGGGCUGUGAACUGCACGAAGGAGAAUGGGGCAAACCCGGCUCUAUCAUCUUCUGGAACUAUUUUCAUGAUGGAGAAGCAAAGGUGGCAAAGGAGAGGAUCGAAGCGGUUGAGCCGGAGAAGAACCUGAUCACGUUUAGGAUUAUAGAAGGUGAUCUGAUGAAAGAGUACAAAAGCUUCUUAGCCACGAUCCAGGUGACCCCUAAGCAUGGCGUGACAGGGAGUAUUGUGCACUGGCACCUUGAGUACGAGAAAAUUAGCGAGGAGGUUGCUCAUCCCGAGACUCUCCUCCAGUUCUGUAUCGAAAUGUCAAAAGAGAUCGAUGAACAUCUCUUGUCCGAGGAAUAAAAUGUGUGUGUGCCUUAAGUAUCGUAUUUUAUUAAAACAAAAUAAAGGGGUAAGAAGAGCUUUGUGAGAGAUUAAAAAUGAUGAGUGAAAGUUGAAAGUUGUAAGUUGUAAUGCUUCAUGAAUCAUGUUUAUGUGUGUGUCUACUAAAAUCUUUUUACGUUGGAAGUUGUAAGUUUGAGAAGCGACGUGUACUAGCUAUGAUGAGGCUGCUAUAAACUAUAUAAAUAAGACCAUAAGUGUGUUAUGUUUGCUAAUAAUAGUAUAAGUUUGGGUUACCGAAU